GAUUGCUUGUUUUGUUUUUAUCCCAAAUUUCAAAUAAGAAUUCUUGGCCUUGACAUAUAUAGAUUUUAGUGCCGACGGCAUACACGAAUAUACAUUGCAAAGUUGUUAGAGUCCGGUUUAAAAGAAUUAAUCUAGAAUUCGCUAGACGUUCAGUAUCUUUGAUUCAAAACUAUUGUUUUAAAGUGAUAGAGAAUAGCAAUGAUUGGGCUCCUAGUGAAAUAUAUAAACUAUUUGUUGUAGUUAUCUUUGACUUGUCAAUUGCUGAAUAAUUUAGUACGGGUGCAUGGAAAUACCAUCAAGGAACAAAUUUUAACUUAUUAGUUGUAAAGUUUAACUGUGGCUUGUAAUUUUCUAGUAGAAUCGCGAUAUGAUUCUCUCAAAUAGGGUUAUUAUAAUAGUUAGUUCGUCUAAACAGUGGGUUAAUAAAACGUAACCUAGGUUGCCGCUAAAAUCGUAAGCAUUGACGUGUAUAAUUUAAAUUCUCCAUUAAACAAAGACCACGUUUAAUUUAUCGCCUACUCUUGACGAACAAGUAAAACUAAACCACUCACAUGUGUUAUAUAGUGAGAAACAUACACGAUUUGUUAAAGCAAAAAAAAAAUGGAGGAGUUUUCCUCAACAACGGUAUCGUACAGCCCAAGCUUCAGUGUCUACGCUUCCAGCGAAUGCGCCGCCGCGGCCGUUAAAGUUUCCCGCGAAAACCAGAAUUACAAUAUAACAGAUCAAUAUUCCGUUAAAGUUGAAGAAGACGAUGACUUCCAGUUCGAAACAUCAAGAUCACCCGUACAUGAAGAGACCUUCUUCCACUUCCCGACGUUCAGACCUCAUGUGUCCAGCGACACCGUUUCGAUGAGUAAAAAGAAAGACGAUGAUGACUUGUCACUCGACGCUAGAAUAUAUUGUCCCGGAGGAAGCAAGAUGGAGCAUUCCGCCUUCGCCUCUAUGGUCGGAAUCUGAAGAUUUCGAUAUAAAUUCUCCGAAAAUUGUCUAUGGAGUCCCCUAAGACCUCCGGCGACUGGAGGCGGACACUCGAAGGUCAGUAAACGGUGCCGUUUAACGAAGUUCCUAACGAGAAGCCACAGCGACGCAACCAAGACUUGCUUGCCGGACAUGAAACGGAAGGACAAAUCGGCGUCGGACAUCAGCGAAGGAGAUAAGAGAAGAAAGUCUUAUUUGCCUUACAGGCAAGAUUUGAUCGGAGUUUUUGCCGAGAUGCGAAGAUUACGUCAUUAAAUAAUUUACUUCAGUAUCUAUAAACUUUACAAAUACAGCAAUUAGGUCCUGGUUUAUUUUUGUGUUUAUGUUUAAUA